CUUGAACCGAACUAAACAUGGCGGGCAGUUGACCACCAAAACCCUAAAACCGUUACCAUUUUCAAAUUCUUUACUCCUCAGUCCUCGUUCAUUUUCAUGAAGCUCUUCUUCAAACGAUAUUGCACCUCCCCCAUUACUCCCAAAACCUAUCAAAUUGCAUCAACCAAAGCAGCCCAAAUCCUCCACCACUGCAAAUCCGGUGCGCUUUUUGAUGCCAUUAAACUCCUAAACUCAAUAGAUUCCAACGGAACUUCUCUCAAGAAACCAAUCCUAUACGCUUCUCUCUUGCAAACUUGUAUCAAAGUCCCGUCCUUUAAUCACGGCCUCCAAAUCCAUGGCCAUGUCGUCAAAUCCGGUCUUGAAACUGACCGAUUCGUCGGCAAUAGUUUGCUUUCUUUGUAUUUUAAGUUGGGACCUGAUUUUGAUGAGACCGAGAAAGUUUUUGACACGCUGUUUGUUAAAGAUGUUAUUUCUUGGACUUCAAUGAUAACAGGGUAUAUUAAAAUAGGUCAACCGAACAAUGCGCUUGAAUUGUUUUGGAAAAUGUUAGGGUUUGAUGUUGAACCAAAUGGGUUCACUUUAUCGGCUGUGAUAAAGGCUUGUUCAGAGCUUGGUUUUCUCAGGCUUGGUAAAUGCUUUCAUGGAGUGAUUAUAGUAUGUGGGUUUGAUUCGAAUCAUGUUAUUUCUAGUGCCUUGAUUGAUAUGUAUGGAAGGAAUAAUGAAUCAAUGGACGCGCUCCAAUUGUUUGAUGAAUUGCUUGCACCGGAUACCAUUUGUUGGACAUCUGUAAUUUCGUCUUUUACAAGGAAUGGUUUGUACGAAGAGGCAUUGGGAUUCUUUUAUUUGAUGCGUAAGAAACAUGGUUUUUUGUCUGAUGGUUAUACAUUUGGGACGGUGUUGACCGCUUGUGGCAAUUUAGGUAGGUUAAAACAGGGUAAAGAAGCACAUUCUGUGGUUAUUACUUCGGGUCUAUGCGGAAACAUAUUUGUUGACAGUAGCCUUGUUGACAUGUAUGGAAAAUGUGGAUUGGUUGACGACUCUCAAUGUGUUUUUGAUAGGAUGCUGGUAAGAAAUUCUGUUUCUUGGUCUGCAUUGCUUGGGGGAUAUUGUCAAAGUGGAAACUUUGAGACUGUUAUUAGGAUUUUUAGGCAAAUGGAAGAGACCGAUCUCUACAGUUUUGGAACUGUUCUUCGUGCUUGUGCUGGUUUGGCAGCUGUGAGGAUGGGAAAGGAGGUGCACUGUCAGUAUGUGAGAAGGGGUGGUUGGAGAGAUGUUAUUGUAGAAUCAGCUUUAGUAGAUCUUUAUGCAAAAUGCGGUUCUAUUGAUUUUGCAUAUCGAAUUUUUGCACAUAUGUCUGUUAGAAAUUUGAUAACUUGGAACACAAUGAUUUGUGGGUUUGCUCAGAAUGGGAGAGGUGGAGAAGCUCUAGGAAUUUUUCAUGAGAUGAUUAAGAAGGGGACUGAUCCUGAUUAUAUAAGUUUUAUUGGUGUUCUUUUUGCUUGUAGUCAUGCAGGUUUGGUAAAUGAAGGGCGAAAAUAUUUUUCCGUAAUGACUGAGGAAUAUGGGAUUAAACCUGGAAUUGAGCAUUACAAUUGCAUGGUUGAUCUCCUUGGCCGUGCUGGGUUAUUAGUAGAAGCUGAAACUUUGAUAGAGAACGCAGAUUGUAGAGAUGAUUCAUCUCUUUGGGUUGUGCUUCUUGGUGCUUGCACAACAUGUACAGAUGCUGUUGCUGCCGAGCGCAUUGCAAAGAAGAUGAUGGAACUGGAACCUGACAAUCAUUUAAGUUAUGUUCUUCUAGCUAAUGUCUAUAGAGCAGUGGGUCGGUGGACCGAUGCCUUGAAGAUUAGGCGGUUAAUGAAAAAUAGAGGGGUUAAGAAAAUGACUGGCAAGAGCCGGAUCGAAACUAACACUAAUCUGAAUCUUAAUAUGAAUGAGUUGAGUUGCAAUGAAAGUGAAAAAUUCCAGGCGCAUGGAUGACUUUCCGAUGGCGAGGAGAUUCAAGAUUAAGAUUAAUAGAGGUUUAGAAGGUUCCAGGCAAGAUUUGGAUUGAUACUAGGACUAAUGCAGGUCCUGAGUUGGAUGAUAUGGGCGGCACGUAUGCACGAAAAAACCAAUUAUUCAAGUUCUUAGGUUUCUGAUUGUGGAAAGGGAUGGUUGUUAGAAUAUAUUAUUUUGCUAAGCGUGAUUGUGAAAGCGAAAGAAAGACCAACUGAGCAGUAUUACAAAAGAAUAAGAACAUCAUGUAGCUGAUAAAGUUGAGAUUGGCAAACGGCGGAGGAUUUAUUUAAAGAAUGAAGCAGUCAUAGUAUUCAACAGAAGAAGCAAAACUCAUUAUUCAAUUAUGAAAGAGUGUACAACUUAAUAUUGAUGUAGCUAAAAUAAAGUUACAAUUUUCCAGCUGUUAUCUAUUGCAGCAAUAACAUAUACACAGUUUUCGGUUCUUGAA